UUACGUUUAGGUUUUUGAACAGCGGAAACUCUCACUCAGUUAAUUUAUGUAGGUGUUGAUAUCGAAUUAGUAAAGACGACCGGCCUGUAAUCAAAAUAAAGCUCUUAAUGAGUAUAAAUGUAUAUUUCAAUGAGAAAAUUACCACAUUGCAUUCUAACGACUUGUAUUCGUACAUUAGCUUACAUAUUUAUGUGCUUGAACAUCGUUUUUUAAAAUUUUUAUAAAAAAGUGUAUUUAAAAAAAAAAUGUUUAACAAAGUGAAAAAUAUAUGGCCUUCUCAUUCGUCGAAUUCUUCAAAACGUGCUCAGGGUGGAGUGGUUCCUGCAGAUGCGAUAGAUCCAAAUGCAGUCCUCAACGACGACAAUUAUGAUGAAUUUGUGCAAGAGGUUCUCGUUGCUCAUAAUCAUUACAGAAGUUUACACGGUGUUCGCCCGCUUGAACUGAAAGACGAAAUCAGCAGAUACAGUCUGAAAUGGGCUAAAACCAUGGCAAAAGACAAACAAAUGAAGCACAGUCUGCCAUCUGAUCGUCCUAACUACGGUGAAAAUAUUUAUUACUUUAGUGGCAAAUACAUUCAUGGAAAUCACGUUGUCGAAAGUUGGUAUAACGAGUCCAUAGAUCACAAUUAUCAAUAUGGAAAAGAACCUAAAGAUUUGAGAGCAGGUCAUUUUACUCAAGUUGUUUGGAAAGAUUCGACUUAUUUAGGCGUUGGAGCAACGGUUUGGGACAAAGGCUUAUUUGUGGUUUGUAAUUACGAACCACAUGGUAAUAUAAUUGGCCAAUUCGUCAGGAAUGUACCACCGCCAAUUUAAUUAUAAUUUAUUGCAUACAGAACUUCAGACGGUUAUAAAAAAAAAAAAUACAAAUACCUAGGUAAUAGGUAUAUUUUCAGGUAGAUAUAGGUAAUAAAAUAUAUGUAAGUAAAAUUAUUCGAAUCAUUCCAUAAAAAUGUUACCAGUUUAA